GGAAACCUUAUUUGUAGCGGUGGAAUCCUGUUUACUGGGAAUCACUUCAUGAAAGUUAGUGUUCUCGUGAGUGCAUGCAACAUAAGAUUUUUGAGAAAGGUGCUUGUUAUUAUAUUCAAAGGAAAUACCUCUGGCCAGUGGUGAACAACCAUUACAUUGUCCAGCAGAGAGAAAUUCUUCAGUCAUUUAGAGGACAACUUCUAAUGCUUGCCGGUGACGGACGAUGUGACAGUCCUGGUUACAGUGCCAAGUAUGGGACGUACAGCGUGAUGGAAGUGACGACAGAAAAGAUCGUGGAUUUUUCCCUUGUGCAGGUAUUUGAAGUUGCCAACUCCAAUGCUAUGGAGAAGGAGGGGUUGAAAAGGUGCUUUGAAUUCUUAGAAAGAGAUGGUCAAGAGAUCGACUUGCUGGCAACAGACUGGUAUUUAUCUUUGACUAAUGGCAGGUGCCUAACUAUAGCUAAAAAUGAUCCAAAGCGUAGAUCUACAAAUCAGAAAAGCAUGCCGUUAAACAGUCUGAAAAUAGCUAUUUGUGCAACAUUAUCCAGAUUUAACUCGCGUAAAUUGAUGAAACCUUCAAUAUACCACAUUUUCUAUGGGUUUACCGCCGUAAUAACCUACUUAAGAUGCUGGGACAUCACUCGAAAAAUCGACGUUUUAUUUUUGAUAUGCAGGCAUCUCCAAGUUGUCGCAAUGAUGAGAGCGGAAAAGGUCCACAUCAAACACAGAUUCGGUCCAUGGCACUUGACAAAGUCCGUGCACAAAAGUAUUGCUGCUGCGUCCAAGAAACGCGAAUGCGGUGAUCUAUUGCCAUGGACCGCAUCUGUAGUUAAUCACUUGUGGUGGUGCGCGGCAACUUCUGAUGAGGAUCAACUGCUUUGCCAAGAGAAAUGGAAAUCAGUCGUUUACCACGUGGCUGACGUACACGAAUGGCCUGAUUUCCAAUUAUUUUCGGCUUGCGACCAUGAUGAACUUACUAAUGAGCAGAGAAGAAACAAAGUAUGGCUUCCAAUUGGAUCUCCUGCACACAACGCUCUGAAGGAAGUGGCAUGGAAACCUAAGCUCCAGAAGGAUAUCCGUCUCCUGGCUGAUUUAGUUCAAACCGGAUUUUUAGAGGUGUUCCAUGGCUCAAUGGCAAAGAAAUAUGUGAAUAGGUAGCAGCAUUAUUCCUACAACGGGAUGGUUAGCAGAACGGAGCUUGCUGUUAUUGAUCACAACUGCAAUGUGGGGAGAGGGGUGGCCACCACCACUUCUGGAGAUGAGCGCUACAAGUGGGUCUAUCCAAAGCUACAGAAACAGUGGGUGGCGAAGCGCAUAUACUAAGACAAGUCAUAUCAGUUUGUCCACGCUCUUCUGAGUGAUACCAUUUUACUGAAGAAGGGGGAGAUUGAAGUUCCCGACCUUGAAAGGCCACACCUUCCAUAAAAUAUUGCACCAAAUCCCCGUGGAAACAAAGAAGACAUCAUUGCAAUGUAUGUGUCAAGACUUCAAUAACAAUUUUUCUUAUUACAAAUGACAAGGUAUUGUUAUAUGGUACCACACUAUAAACAGUCUUUCCUGUGAAUUUACUUUUACAUUUUUACGUUCAAUUUGUUUCAGGGCUGCAUGAACGAAUUGUUGUGAUUAAGAAUUUUUUUUGAACAAUGAAACAA